AUGCCUAGCAAGAACCAUAGCUCCGCUCCCAAGUUCGAUGGAACUGCGGGGUCACUUCCUAUGUUUCUAGACGACAUUGAACAGCUAGCAACGAGCUGUGAGCUUACCCCCAAGCAGACCAUCGAUUGGACGAUUCGUUAUGCCCCAGGAAGCGACGAACACGAGCUAUGGAGCGGUUUAGAUACCUCGUCAGGUGAUGACUGGAUUGCUUUCAAACGCGAGCUGCUUGCACAGUAUCCCGGAUCGACAGGAGACAGGAAAUACUCAGUUGCAAAUCUGGAAAUGCUCACUGAAAAACAAGCUGCCGGACAAAUCACAAACUCGGAACAAUUUGGAACAUAUUACCGCGCAUUUUCGAAAAUUUCACGGUUCCUUAAAUCGAAAAACAAGUUGAACGAUCGUGAAAUAAGUAACCUGUUCAUGAGAGGUCUAGACUAUGCCUUCAGAGUACAGGUCCGAGCCCAGCUAAGGGCUGAAAACCCGAAGCAUCACAGUGACGACCCUUACACGCUAAACCAAAUAUGCGAGGCAGCACUAUUCAUAUUAUCCUGCAACCACGACGACACCGAAAUUGUGGCGCCAGCACUCGAAGCGUCUCCCUCAGUCAAGCGCGAGCAUUUUGAUAUAUCUAGUAUUGCUCCAGCACUGCAACAAACGAGCAACUUCAACAUGAGUGCCCUGGCACUGGAACUCAUAAAACAGAUGAACUUACAACAUGCUCCAUCAAACGUGUACCAAAACGCCCAGAAUCAAGGGUACCCGACGUUGCAAACUCAAGGAGCACCUAGACCUCGCAACAACGACUGUUCCUUCUGCUCUGAUCCAUCACAUUAUCAACAUAGUUGUGCCAAAGCGGCGGAAUAUAUCAAAAAGGGGCUCUGUGUGCGCAAUAGCGAAAAUUUCUUGGUGUUACCAGAUGGGACACGUGUCACCCCUCGAACCGCACCGGGAAGGAAUAUCAUGGAGCGUGUUGAUAACUGGCAUAAAAGCAAAUCUGCUAACUCGCCAACCGUAUCAUCAAACAUGGUGAGUGCAGGUUCGGAGUUCAAAUGGGAGAUUCCCACGACGUCGGCUUUCGCCGCCGCGAUGGACUUUGCGCACAACGAGGUUGCACCACCUACCGAACGCGAAAUUGAGGACUUACAAAUCAUGGAAUCGCUUGUGGCAUCCACACAAAAGAAAAUUGACGAUACCAGAAAGAAGUACUUCGGAACCAAGGGAACCGGGGGACCAGCAACGAGAAGCAAAACCAAGGCGGCAGAUACGAUUUCCCACGACCCGACCAAGACACUCGCACCGGCCGUUCCAACCAUACCUGCAUCGCACUCGGCCAACAGUACACAGUUCAGGUACUCUACACCCAUAGAAGAGGUAAAAAUCGUGAAGAAAGUACUGGAUACAGCACUAGACGCCACAGUGACACUGUCCAACAGGGAACUGCUGGCAGUGGCACCAGAGGUUAGGAGACAGUUCAAGGACCUGAUUACGGCCAGACGCAUCCCUACCGAGCAGACAGGGUCUAGCAUGGUAGUAGGAAUGCCUCAGAGUGAAGAAUACUCGGCUUACCUUGCUUCGCUCUUGCCCAACAAAGAAGGGAUGGUAGUGGCAGACCAUGUACAAGAGUUGAGAUGUCUAGACUUUACCAUUGGGGACAUGAAGGUCGAAGGGAUCAUGGAUGAAGGGUCCCAAAUUGUUGGAAUCAGGAAGGACAUCUGGGAGAAGCUGGCAGUUCCAAUCAGGUCCGACCAUGUGAUGGUUAUGGAGUCAGCCAAUGCAAGCAAGGACAAGACACUCGGACUCAUACAAAACCUGAAGAUAUCCAUUGGAGGAUAUGACUUCUAUGUGCAGGUGCAAGUGGUUCAAGACGCACCAUAUGAACUCUUGGUAGGACUGCCUUUCAUGUGCCUCACGCGUCUGGUCACUAGGCACUUUGAGGAUGGGUCAUCUGAAGUAACUAUGAUUGAUCCUAACUCUGGAGCGGAAAUAACAGUUCCAACUCGCAAACGGGACCGAAGCAGCACAACAGCCGCCACAGUCAGUGUGGAUUUUUAG